UAUUACAUCAACUUACAAAUGAAAAAGACGUCGACAAAGCAUUUGCAGUGUUGAAAAGAUUAACAGCUCAUCAGAACAUUGACGCCAUUUAUGAAAUUCUUCAGAGACUUUCUGGUGGAAGAAGUCUUCAUGAAACAUGUCAUUUCUUCAAACAUGUUCAUGAAAAACAUACUUCAGGUCUACAAGGUGUGAUUGCGCAAGUAUCGAAAAUAACAGGAGGUGUUGGUCCUUCGGAGCUGCCGCUUGUAUUCUUAGAAUUGAAAAAUGAAAUUGAUAUCAAAGAAGGCUUUAAAUUACUUCUAUCAGGAACAAGAUCGGAGGAUCUGGGUGAGGCGAUCAGCAAAUUCAAUCGUAUCUGCCGUCAAAAGUCUUUUUCUGCGAGUAUCAGAAUAUUUAAGAAAAUUACUAAUAAAAAACAAUUGAAAUACGCUUUGAUUGAAUUAAUGGAGGAAAGUGGUAGAAAUAAUUUAGAAUUUAUAUUUGAGAACUUAUAUAAGAUAACAGGAACCAAUGAUUUGAAUCAAGUGGCUGUUGUUAUCAAGACACAAUUCGGUUUUGAUGAUUUGAUAACAUUCCUACGUAAAGUAAAUGAAGUUGUGAACACGACGAAGAAAGAUCCGAUCACAUUUCUAUUAGUUCUAAUGGAAUUAACAAAGUCACAGAACAUUGCUGAAGUUUGUACGAUUAUUAAGAAGUUUACUGCCAAGAAGAUGACGGUAUUAAAUAUUUUAAAAGAUAUCAGAAUCAAGUCGAAAUACAACGAUAUUAUUGGGUUCUUUAGAAAACUAAUUACGUAUACAGCAACUGAGACUAUACAAAGCUCAUGGGAAGUGUUGAUAUCACUUACAUCAGAAACAGAUAUUUUCGUAAUAUUCGAACAGUUAUCAAUUUAUACAAAAGUUAAUUUUAUUAUAUUUAUUGAGACAAUAAUGAGAUUUACGAAUUCUACAAAUAUAAGAGCUGCCUGUACCAUCCUCUUCAAGACAACGAGUAAAAAACGUCUUUUCGAAAGCAUUCGUGUUAUCUACGUUAUUGUAGAAACAGAUAUCAUUGAAUUCUUUGAGGUUCUGAUUACAAUAAGCAAACGAUUCCAACUGGACGAGGUCAUAUUCAAUUUGGAGAAAUUCACAAAAACUUCAGGUUUCUUAGAUUCGCUUAAGAAAUUGAAAGUCGUGACUAAAGAGACAGAUAUAUUGAAAGCCAUCGGCUAUUUAGAGAAGCACGUUUCAAAAGAAACUAAAGGAACUCCAGGAACUCCGGGAUCACCAGGAACUAACGGAACUCCGGGAACUAAGGGAACUCCAGGGACCAAGGGAACUCCAGGAACUAAGGGAACUCCGGGGACCAAGGGAACUCCAGGAACAAAGGGAACUCCGGGAACUAAUGGAACUCUCGGAACCAAGGAAUCUCCAGGAUCUCCUGGAACUGACGGAACUCCGGGAUCUCCAGGUACUAACGGAACUCCGGGAUCACCAGCAACUGAUGGAACUGACGGAACUCCGGGAUCCCCAGGUCAAGACCCAACACCGGGAUCACCAGCAACUCCAGGAACUAAGGGAACUCCAGGAUCCAAGGGAACUCCAGGAACUAAGGGAACUCCAGGAACAAAGGGAACUCCAGGAACCAAGGGAAUUCCAGGGACUAAGGGAACUCCAGGAACUCCGGGAUCUCCAGGAACUAACGGAACUCCGGGAUCUCCAGGAUCUCCAGGAACUGACGAAACUGACGGAACUCCGGGAUCUCCAGGUCAAGACCCAACACCGAGAUCACCAGCAACUCCAGGAACUAAAGGAACACCAGGAACUAAGGGAACUCCAGGAUCCAAGGGAACUCCAGGAACUAAGGGAACUCCCGGAACCAAGGGAUCUCCAGGAUCUCCAGGAACUGACGGAACUCCGGGAUCUCCAGGUCAAGACCCAACACCGGGAUCACCAGCAACUCCAGGAACUAAGGUAACUCCAGGAACUAAGGGAACUCCAGGAACUAAGGGAACUCCAGGAACAAAGGGAACUCCAGGAUCCAAGGGAACUCCAGGAACUAAGGGAACUCCAGGAACAAAGGGAACUCCAGGAACCAAGGGAAUUCCAGGGACCAAGGGAACUCCAGGAACUCCGGGAUCUCCAGGAACUAACGGAACUCCCGGAACCAAGGGAACUCCAGGAACUAAGGGAACUCCCGGAACCAAGGGAUCUCCAGGAUCUCCAGGAACUGACGGAACUCCGGGAUCUCCAGGAUCUCCAGGAACUGACGGAACUCCGGGAUCUCCAGGAUCUCCAGGAACUGACGGAACUCCAGGAUCUCCAGUUCAAGACCCAACACCGGGAUCACCAGCAACUCCAGGAACUAAGGGAACUCCAGGAUCCAAGGGAACUCCAGGAACUAAGGGAACUCCAGGAACAAACGGAACUCCCGGAACCAAGGGAUCUCCAGGAUCUCCAGGAACUGACGGAACUCCGGGAUCUCCAGGAUCUCCAGGAACUGACGGAACUCCGGGAUCUCCAGUUCAAGACCCAACACCGGGAUCACCAGCAACUCCAGGAACUAAGGGAACUCCAGGAUCCAAGGGAACUCCAGGAACUAAGGGAACUCCAGGAACAAACGGAACUCCCGGAACCAAGGGAUCUCCAGGAACUGACGGAACUCCGGGAUCUCCAGGUCAAGACCCAACACCGGGAUCACCAGCAACUCCAGGAACUAAGGGAACUCCAGGAUCCAAGGGAACUCCAGGAUCUCCAGGAACUGACGGAACUGACGGAACUCCGGGAUCUCCAGUUCAAGACCCAACACCGGGAUCACCAGCAACACCAGGAACUAAGGGAACUCCGGGAACUAAUGGAACUCCCGGAACCAAGGGAUCUCCAGGAUCUCCAGGAACUGACGGAACUCCGGGAUCUCCAGGAUCUCCAGGAACUGACGGAACUCCGGGAUCUCCAGUUCAAGACCCAACACCGGGAUCACCAGGAACUCCAGGAACUAAGGGAACUCCGGGAACUAAUGGAACUCCCGGAACCAAGGGAUCUCCAGGAUCUCCAGGAACUGACGGAACUCCGGGAUCUCCAGGAUCUCCAGGAACUGACGGAACUCCGGGAUCUCCAGUUCAAGACCCAACACCGGGAUCACCAGCAACUCCAGGAACUAAGGGAACUCCAGGAUCCAAGGGAACUCCAGGAACUAAGGGAUCUCCAGGAACUAACGGAACUCCGGGAUCUCCAGGAUCUCCAGGAACUGACGGAACUCCGGGAUCUCCAGGAUCUCCAGGAACUGACGGAACUCCGGGAUCUCCAGGUCAAGACCCAACACCGGGAACACCAGCAACUCCAGGAACUAAGGGAACUCCGGGAUCUCCAGGUCAAGACCCAACACCGGAAACACCAGCAACUCCAGGAACUAAGGGAACUCCAGGAACAAAAGGAACUCCGGGGACCAAGGGAACUCCAGAACCCAAGGGAACUCCAGGAACUCCGGGAUCUCCAUGUCAAGAACCAACACCGGGAUCACCAGCAACUCCAGGAACCAAGGGAACUCCUGGUACUAUGGGAACUCCAGGUCAAGAAGAAAUACCGGGGUCACUUGGAACUCCAGAAUCUUCAGGAACCAAGGGAAAUGAAAACCGACCGUUGCCUUCAGGAAAAGGCGGGAAAGUGUCAAAGAAUCAAGGAACUCGAGAUAUUUUAAACGCGCUGAAAACAGACGUUAAUCUACAUUUCCUGAUUCUACCGGACGGACCUGGCAACACUAAGAAUUGUUAUUGUACGUGUGAGAGUCCAAACCCGCCCAGAGUCGUAUCUCUUAAUCAACUGCCAGCUCAAAUAACUGCAUAAUUUUGUUUAAUAUGAACUUUGAUAUAAUUUUAAUGAACUUAUUAAUUUACUUA